AUGGCAACACCUGGAGAAGAUUUAGAGAAGGUGGACGUCACGACCCUGAGUAAAACUAAAGAACUUAAAGGGGCACAGAAACGUGACUCACUUACAGAGUUUGAAAGAAGAUAUCAAGAAAAAUGGCAUCAAGAUGGCGUAUUUCAAGUAGAUGCACCCAGUACAUCAGAGAUACCCCUACACUCUCUUUCUCCUGCUGAAAUCCGGUCACGGCAUCAAAAGUUCUUUGGGACUAUGGCAUAUCCAUACAUGAACGGGACAUUGCAUGCAGGUCAUGGUUUUUCGGUCAGCAAAGUUGAAUUUGCCUCUGGCUUUGCUCGUAUGGAAGGUAAAAGGUCUCUCUUUCCUAUGGGAUUUCACUGCACAGGAAUGCCUAUAAAAGUCUGUGCCGACAAAUUAGUCAACGAAAUGCAGAUUUUUGGCAAAUACUUUGAACAUUAUAAAGAUGUGAAUGAUCAGCUGAAGCAAUCAAAAGAUGCGGAUAUUCCGGGUACGGCACAUGAAGACGUUACAAAAUUUACGGCUAAAAAAGGAAAAGCCGCUGUCAAACUUGUUAAUUUGAAAUAUCAGUUUAAAAUUAUGCUUGCCAUAGGUAUUCCAAUUGAAGAGAUUCACCUCUUUGCUGAUCCACAACACUGGCUUAAACAUUUCCCACCGCUCUGUCAGCGUGACCUCACUAACCUUGGAUGUCGCAUUGAUUGGAGGCGUUCAAUGAUUACGACCGAUUCAAAUCCCUACUAUGAUGCGUUUGUGCGGUGGCAAAUGAAUCGCCUUAGAGAAUUGAAAAAAAUAAAAUUUGGAAAGAGAUAUACUAUCUACUCGACAAAAGAUAAACAGCCUUGUAUGGAUCAUGAUCGGAGUGAAGGAGAAACUGUUGGUCCGCAGGAAUAUACGGCUCUUAAAUUAAAGGUUCUUGAGUGGGCACCAGAGGCAGAAAAUUUGAUCAAGACCAUACAUAUCAAGGAGGCAGAUAUUUAUUUUGUUGCAGCAACUCUACGUGCGGAGACAAUGUAUGGCCAAACGUGCUGCUUUGUCAACCCUAAAAUAAAUUAUGGUAUAUUCAAGGUUUCUGCAAAGGAGUAUUUCAUCAUCACUUCCCGAUCAGCGUGGAACAUGGCACACCAGGGAAUUUUUACUGAGAAUGGAAAAAUGGAUAAAGUUGGGACAAUUUCUGGAUCAACUUGUGUGGGAACACUCGUUAAUGCCCCUUUAUCUCUUCAUGCUGCUGGUGUAAGGAUCUUACCCAUGGAAUCAGUCUCUGAGUCAAAGGGUACUGGCAUUGUCACAUCAGUACCGUCUGAUAGUCCGGAUGAUUAUGCAACUGUCAUAGAUCUUGCCAAAAAAUCAGAAUACUACGGUAUUCAAAAAGAAUGGGCACAACUAGAAAUUCUACCAAUUAUUCAAACACCAUCAUAUGGGGAUCUUACAGCGCCAUUUUUAGUCAAGAAGCUCAAGAUUAUGUCGCCAAAAGAUACUAAGCUACUCCAGGAAGCUAAAGAACUUGCAUAUAAGGAGGGAUUUUAUCAAGGAAUAUUGCUUCAGGGAGAGUUCAAGGGUGAAAAAGUGGAAGUUGCGAAGUCUAAAGUCAAACAGAAACUAUUAGAAAGCGGAGAAGGAUUCAGCUACUAUGAACCAGAACGUCAGGUAAUUAGUCGCUCAGGAGAUGAGUGCUGUGUAGCCUUGAUGGAUCAAUGGUAUAUAGAUUAUGGCGAAGAAUCUUGGAAGCAAACAGCUUUAAAGUACGUGCAAAAUAAAGAUGGGACUGGGCUUAGAACAUAUGCACAGGAAACUAAGAAUGGGUUUGAAGGUGUUCUAAAUUGGCUCAACCAAUGGGCGUGCGCAAGAUCCUUUGGUCUCGGCUCCAAGCUACCGUGGGAUCCUCAGUUUUUGGUGGAAAGCUUAAGCGACAGUACAAUUUACAUGGCAUAUUACACCAUCUCCCAUUACUUACAUGGCGAUAUUUUUGGAAAGACCCCUGGGUUAGCGAAUAUAAAGCCCGAACAAAUGACUGAUGAGGUGUUUGAUUAUAUAUUUGCUCGACGGGAUCUAAAUCCUUCUAUUAUUUCAGAGAGCAAUAUUUCAGAAGAAAUACUAGCUUCUAUGCGUCGGGAAUUCGAAUAUUGGUACCCCCUUGAUCUUCGUGCAUCUGGAAAAGAUCUCAUUCCCAACCACUUGACAUUUUUCCUAUACGUUCACCUUGCGAUUUUUAGCCCUGAAUUUUGGCCCAAGGGUGUUCGUGCUAAUGGGCAUCUACUGCUUAAUGGCGAAAAAAUGGCGAAGUCGAGUGGAAAUUUCAUGACGCUCAACGAAAUGGUCCGGAAGUAUGGUGCGGAUGCCUCCCGAAUAGCUCUUGCUGACGCAGGAGAUGGGGUAGCUGAUGCCAAUUUCGAUGAGUAUGUUGCAGAUAAUAGUGUAUUGCGACUAUUUACAUUGCGUGAGUGGAUUAAAGAGCAAGUUAACGAUGCUGCAUCCCUAAGAACUGGACCUAAAAACAACUUUUUGGAUAAACUUUUCGAAAAUGAAAUGAAUGUCCUAGUUAACGAGACUCGUCAGAGCUACAAGGAUACCAACUACAAACUUGCGCUCAAAUCAGCUCUCUACGAGUUCACUUCUGCUCGAGACUUUUAUCGCGAAUACUCGGCCGCUGCCGGUAUCAAGAUGCACCACGAUCUCAUAUUUCGAUACAUUGAGUUACAGGCCCUAAUUAUUUGUGUUAUUGCCCCACACUGGGCCGAAUACAUAUGGUUAGAAGUCUUACAAAAAGAGUCUUCGAUUCAAAAUGCUCUCUUUCCCACAGUACCAGCGCCCAAUCCAGCUCUAAGCGCCGAAAGAGAAUAUGUCAGAGCCACAAGCGGAAAAGUUACGUCUACAGAAGCAGCACAACAGAAGAAGAAAGCCAAGGGGAAAGAAAUAGGAUAUGAUAUUUCAAAACCUAAAAAACUUACUAUUUACUUUGCGCAGUGUUGGCCAGAGUGGCAAAGUAAAUAUAUUGAUCUUUUAAAGACUCUCUGGGAUAGGGAGACAAAUUCAAUGAAAGUUGACGACAGAGACCUUAAUAGCCGUGUUGCAAGUAUGGGCGAACUAAAGGCGAACAAGCGCGUUAUGUCGUUCGUGCAAGGAUUAAAGAAGAGGCUGUUGAAUGGCGAGGAUGAAAGUACAGUAUUUGAGAGGACUCUACAAUUUGACGAAGGAAAAACUCUAGAAAAUAUGGUCCCAGGACUUAAGAAAGCGGCCGGUCUAGCAGUUGUCGAUGUGAUCCGAGUGAUGGAGGGUGGAAAGUCUGGUGAAAUAGUUGGAACGGGUCAAAAACUCCAAGACUUGCCUACAGUAGCCGAAAUAGCUGUUCCAGGUGUGCCAACUUUUGCAUUGGAGAAUGUAGCGGCGUAA